AUGUACGGAAAAGAAGACGAUGACGAGGAUAACGUGCUCGCCCCGAAGGAACCUCAGGUAUCGUCGCAGGAUCCUGAGGAGCGGAAGGCGGGCCGAGCUCUCCGCAUCAAGCGUCGGCAGGAGGCUAUCAAAAGAGCGGAAGCGCCUCCGGAAGAAGCGGCGUUGGAAGAGGAGCCCGGGCUUAUCGAGCAGGCCACGGCAACCGCGGCCGAAGAGCUUCAGCGACUCUCCCUAGACGGGGCUGCCAAGGUCACCAACGUCAAAGUUACUACCGAUGAACGAGAAGUCAUCCGUCGUGCACUCUUUACCAAAAAGCAGACGAUGUCUAUGCAAAAACUUGAAGCGGAGGCUAAGGACGCACAAGCACAAUAUGAAGUCAUCACGGCAAACUGGGAAGUUAUGCUAGCUGUCAAAGAUCCCCUGGAUAUACAAGCGGCCAUGAAAGAACAGAAGGAGAAAUGCGACUUUCUUUUGGCUCAGAAAACUAGAAUGGUUGACGAGUUAAAGAACGAUCUCAAACUAAUGGACAUCGCUUAUUACGACGAUUUAGAUAAACAAGAUAAGGAUAUAAAAGAGCUCUCGGAAAGGAUUGAGAAACAGGUGUCUAUAAUGCAGAGAGCUUACCAGAAGCAGCUUACAUUGAUACAAGAGGCCAUCGAGAUAGAACGUGAAGCUAUGGUCGACCACAAUAACAAGCGAUGGGAUGCUUUAUAUAGGCAACGCGAUAAGGAGGAACUUGCUCACAUGGAGUAUAAAACUGAACAGCUAGAAGAGCAUAAACUAGAGAUGGAAGCUAUUAUGUGGGAUCACCAUGAAAAGUUUCGUGUUGCCAAAAUUGAACUAGAAGUCUUGAUACAAGAACUGCAAAAAGAAUUGGAAAAAUUAAAAGCAACAUGUAUCAUAAAUACGGAAAAGAUCGGAUACAAUUAUCAAAUUUUGAAAAAACGUGAGGAAGAAAAUGUAUUUGUGCGAUCACAACAAAAACGUAAGCUUAAUAAAAUGUCCGACGUUGCUAACAAAUUGCGUGCAAAAAUCCGUAAAGCCGCUGAAGACGGAGCCAUCGAGGAAAUCAAGGCCGACACAGAAAUCGUCAAGUUAAUGCAAGCUAUGGACGAUUUAGAGAAAAAAUCUUACCAAUUUUCACAUGUUAAUAAUUAUAAAUUUAGUCAGAUUUGGCGCAUGUCUGUAGCGCGAUGCACAGAACUGGCUAAACAGUUGAGACUGGCAGAAGUUGCUUUACACGCUCAUAUUUUAUCAGAGCCUCCGCCUCCACCACCGCCACCUCUCCCAAAAAACCCUCUCUGGAGAUAUGAACAUGAAGCAGCGAAUGAAUCUCAAGCUGUUGCAGUCGUUGAAGAGGAACAAGUAGAUCCUAGCGAUAUGGUAGCUAAAACAGCAAAAGAUAAACUGGUACGGCACAUCCUUCAACUGGUUGCAGAUAACACGGGAUUUCUCGUAGAAGAUCGUUUACUAAAACUUAUAGAAAAAUAUGAGCUGACGUCUAGAAACUUGUGCACUCUGGAUUCCAUUUUUAUGGCUCUUGAAAUUCAAGCCGAGGAAGAUGUAGAAUUGCUGUGCAAAGUUUUUCUCAAUUACGCUUUUUGCCCCGUUUGCGUUGGGAUGGACAACGAAACAGAAUCCAUUGAACAAUCUUCUAUUAUUGAAGAUGCCGUAUCACGUCAUACAGUGCCCAGAUCAGUUCGAGGUGAUAGAUCAUCAAUCCGUGGACGAUCUAGUGUGGUAAAAAGUAUUACAGCAAGUGCAUCCCGAUCGAUACACGUGGGGUUUAGAGGUCAGGAAUUAUCACCGUCGGAUAUACAACUAAUGACUGAAGCUGAUGAAAUUAUUCAAAAAUGCGGAGAACUGAAUGUGGGAACAGCAGGUACUGGACCGAUCACAGAAUCAGGGACCACCGCAGGUCAGCGACGGCCGCAUGCGCGAGGUGUCACCGUCACCUCCCAGCUCUCGCUUGCUAAGAGUAUCAAGGCUGUUAAUCCAUUCCUUUGCCCAAUGGGCCAUUACUUGGAAAUUGAACCGAUGCAGGUACUUACAGCCUUAGGAGAGUUUGUCUCUGUAUUCGUCCCACCGGAGAAAAGGAGACUUUAUGAUAUACUUGACAGUGUGAAACCACCCGAUUUUACAACUCCAUCUCGUAAAUUGAAAACAGAGGAAAUACAACAGUAUUGGAUGGAGUGGAAGGAUAUUUUCCCAUCAGACAAGGAUAGAUUUUGGGAUGGAAUGCUUUCAGCGCUUAAUAACUACUUGCCAAUUUUACAAGAACGAGAAAGGCUUCACGAAGAGGUGUGCGGUCUCCGUCGACGCAACGCGGCACUGCGACGCCUUAUGCGUGGCGCGUUGCCCGAACUGCCAACCGUGCAGCCGAAGUACAUGGGCCCAUACCCGCAAAUGUUCACUAGCACAGUGCCUGAUGAAGCGCACACUGCUUAUUCAAGACUACCGCCUAUUUGAACAUUUGAUUUUUCUAAAAUUGACGCGGCGCGGUAAAAAAAUUCUAUCAACACGCCCGUGUUAUUAAUAACAAAGAAUGAAAUUAUAUUUUAGCAAAUAUAUUUGCUUCGUAAAUGUUUUUAAAUAUAUUUAACUU